AUGCCGUCUGUCUGUGUUACUCUGAGACGGGGGAUCCUGAGGAGGUACAGACAGGUUCCUCGCACAGAGGCUGACGGAGCGUUCAACUACAGCCGAGCCUCAAACCGGACAGGCCUCCUCAACACGGGAGUUUGUGGCUGCUGUGGGCCGCUGAGGCCGAGGUACAAACGCCUGGUGGACAACAUCUUCCCCGAGGACCCGAAAGAUGGCCUCAGUAAAUCAGACAUGGAGAAGCUCACCUUCUACGCUGUGUCGGCUCCGGAGAAGCUGGACAGGAUCGGAGCGUACCUGGCCGAGAGGCUGAGCAGAGACGUGGUGCGACAUCGCUACGGGUACGUGGUGAUCGCCAUGGAGGCUCUGGACCAGCUGCUGAUGGCCUGUCACUCUCAGAGCAUCAAACCCUUCGUGGAGAGUUUCCUGCACAUGGUGGCCAAGCUGCUGGAGUCCAGAGAACCAGACCUGCAGGUUCUGGGAACCAACUCGUUUGUGAAGUUUGCCAACAUCGAGGAGGACACGCCGUCCUACCACCGCCGCUACGACUUCUUUGUGUCCCAGUUCAGCGCCAUGUGCCACUCUACUCAUGAAGAUCCUGAAACCAGAACCAGGAUCCGUGUGGCGGGCAUCAAAGGUCUGCAGGGCGUGGUGAGGAAGACGGUGAACGAUGAGCUGCAGGCCAUCAUCUGGGAGCCUCAGCACAUGGACAAGCUGAUCCCCUCCAUGCUGUUCAACAUGCAGGACAGUGAAGACCUGGACAGGUACUGAACACACACACAGAGACUCACACACACACACAGAGACU